AUGAAGAAGAGUUUAAAAUAGCAACAGCAGCUCUAGUUAAAAUAACUGUAUUGCAGAUAGAAACUUAAUAUCUAAACUGAAGUAGAUGACACACGAAACACAAAGCAAAUUUCUUUAAAUUAUUCUCCUUUAAAUAAGAUAGAUCAAAGUGUAUAUACAAAUAAGUGGAAAAUUAACAAAGGAUUAUUGGGUAACAGAACAAACAGGAUGUUGACUCAACAAUAAUCAGAUUCAGAGAAUGAAUUCCCAAAUCAAUUGAAAUUAAUUUAACUAACUCAAAAAAGCUAGGCAUAAACAAAAAGAUCUAUAUCGACUAAAAGAAAUAAUAGUAUCGGAGAUUACAAUUAAUCUCCUAAUAAUUAAAAUAGACAAUCCUUAUAUACAAGUCAAAAAUAAAGAUCGUAUUCUAUACAACAAUAAUAAUAACAACAAAGAUAGCAACAGUAAUCUCUAUUUUAGUCUAUUGGGGUCAAUAAGAAUCAAAUAGUUGAUGCCAAGUCGUUUGUUUAAUAAUUUGAGUUAACGAUAGAAGAAUGGGAUAAAUUUGGAAAUAGGUUCCCUUUUGGAUUUCAAAGGGAGAAACUAUUGGGAAGAGGAGGUUUUUCAUUGAUUUGGUUAGCUAAAGAAUAGAAGGGAGGUGCUUUGUGUGCUGUUAAAUAGAUCCCAAGGAAAUCUAAACAUGAAACUCAUUUCAAAGAAUUAGCAUUUUGCACUUAGUUUUUUAACAAAGGAGGUUAAAUAAGGAGUUAAUUUUAGUAAAAUGAAGGGAUUAAAUACUUAUGCAAGAUGCUAGAUUAUGUUAUUGAUCCUCACGAUGUAUUUAUAAUGUAUGAAGUUUGUGGAUAUUCAUUGGGAACUUAAUUGUAUGACUUUGAAUCCCUCAAUAAUAGUUAUAAGUUAAUUCCAUAGAAAUUAAGUUUGCUCUUUAAGUAGUUUCCUGUCUUUUUAUUCAAGUUUAUCAAAAGAAUCACCUAAACUUUAGAAUUGUUAGUCAAAACUGGUUGGGUCCAUAGUGAUAUUAAAAGUGAAAACAUUCUUAUCUCUUAUGGAUCAUAAGAUGUCGAAUUUAAAAUAAUAGACUAUGGUUCAUCUUUCAAAUUUGCUGAAGUCUUUGAAAAGUUUUCAAUGGCAACCCCUGAGUAUAUGUCCCCAGAGAUGCUAACUUUCAUACUUAGAGAGAACAAGAUGUCUUACGAUAAUCAGUUAAUUGAAUCCCUUGUCAAUUAUGAUAAGUCGUGGGUUAUAGACAUAUGGGGAUUAGGAUGUGUUGUCUUGGAAAUCAUAUCAGGACUGCCUUUAUGGAUGAGUUAUGAUACAUAAGUAAUCAAUUAUAAGGGUCAGAAAGUCAUGGCUUAAGGUCUCUUUGCUGUUUCUGGUCGGAGUUUUAGUAAAAUCGUUGAAAAAUAAAUUAAGAUACUGACUAAUCUAGAAUUUGUAUUGCGAGAAUAAAAUUAUUCUGGUAUUCAAGUUACUCCUUUAUUAACUUAAUUAUUAAAAGGAAUGUUAGCUAUCAAUCCUAAAUAAAGAUAUUCACCUUAAUAAAUAUUGAAUUUACUUUAAGAUAUUUGA